UCGGAGGUCACGUGACAUUUGAUCAGGCAGUUACAUUUAGCUCUUUUUGAUUUUUAAGUUUUAUAUUAGUGGAUGCUUGCUUGUAUAAUCAAACCGAGCUAACUGUUUGUGGUUGUAUGAUGAAUACAACCAACAAAAUAAAAAAUAAAAUGUCGCGCAUCGAUUUAUGAUGAACCUUUGCUCAUCACUCUCACUGCCGUAUCCACGACAACGGAUGUAAAAAAGAAACAAACAUGGCAUGAAAUUAUUCUGCAAAAGGUUUCUCUUUUUACAUUAAAAUGAAUUAUAAUUAUCCAAUGACAAACACACGCUCCAAACCAGGACUUGGAUUAGUUGAAGGUGAAGAAUCAAUGAUGCUGCUGGUGCUGCUGCUGCUGAUGAUGAUGAUGAUGAUUGUGAUACCCAUGCAGAUCAUUUGAAAGCACCAGAAGCAUUAGUGGCAACUCAGGGGAAUUUCCUCAUAGUGAUAAAGGAUUGGCAAGUGUCUCUCAGAGAGGAAUGGAUGACAUGGGAGAGUCUAUGAUGAUGACUCCUGAGGAAAAACUUACACAGUAUGACAGCAGGGCCCAAGCCUUUGCAGACACUCAACAGUUUGAUGCUUGUAUCCAGGACGUUGUCCGCUGUGUGGCUCUUACAAGACUGGUGUACGGAGAUGGGCACCUGAAACUAGCCCAAGCCCAUGUCAGACUGGCUAAAGCAUACCUACAGUUUAAAGGCUGGGCAGUGCAGGCCCAGGAGCACUCAGCCAGAGCCAGUGACCUGCUCCCCUUCUGCACCCCCAGCUCCACCAGCCGGGAAGACAGGGUCCACAUCCUCACCUGUCUCCUCAACAUAUACCUAACACAGGGACGCGCCUCUCUGCUGCUGGCUAAUCUUGAGGAAGCAGAGUCUAAUCAUCGAAAAGCAGAGAGGAUUGUGGUAGAACUUCAUCAGCUAGGAGGCAUCAGCCAGGAGGAGAAAAUGGAGACUGAGUUUGAGAUAUCCACAUCUCUGUCCAGGGUGUACCAGCGGCAGGGCAGGUCAGAGGAGGCCCUGGGUCAGUGUGAGAGUAGUCUGCAGCUGCUGGAGGACUGGGCGAGGCCAGGUCAGGCCUGCUCCGUCUACAAGGACAUGGCUGCCAUCGAACAGGCCCAAGGCCGCCUCGACAGAGCCAUAGAGCACCUCUCUAAGGCUCAUGCCAUAGCUCUGAGUCAGAGCCCUGGGGGUCUGGAUGGGGCUCACAUCGCUCACAGCCUGGCCUUGGCCUACUCUACUGUAGCAGAGCCCCACCACAAUGACUCAGCAGCACACUACUAUGAGGAGAGUCUGAGUACAUACAGGAGCUCCCUGGGCCCACAGGCUACUGUCACCCUCAACCUUCAGGAUGACUACUGUCGCUUCCUCCUCCUCACUGGGCAGCAAGAGAGGUGUGUAGAGAUCCAGAGGGAGUCCCUGGCCCUGAAGAGAGAGACGUUUGGUGACCUGAGUCCUGAGGUGGCUGACACCCUGCAGCUGAUUGGAGGGGUGGAGAUGACCCAGGGCCAGGUGGAGCAUGCCCACAGGACCAUGAGCAAGUGUCUGGACAUUCAGAGUGUCCUGUAUGGCCCUCAGCAUAAGAAGACAAGAGCCACGCAGAAGACAGUGGACAUGCUGGCCCAGGCACCCGAGGUUGCUGGGAGACAGAGGAGGGAGGGCAGCCUGAAAACAAGGCCUCCUUUCUGUGCAGUCCUACCUUCCUAUAGCAAGGCAGGAGGAAAUGCCAACAUGUCGGACUCCUAACAUGCCAUCAGAGCUGAGCUGGAUGAAUGGGCCUUGGCCCACUAAGAAAAUAAAGCCUCUCCCUUUGUCGCAAGGAGAAAUGAGAUGAAUUGGAAAUGGAUCAAGUAAGACCCCUGGCAACCCUUUCUGUUUUCAUUGUGCAUUCUCUGAGAAAUUAGUGUCAGGCUGUUGGCAAGACUAUGCAGACAGAACUCCUCAGAAUGAAGGGAGGGGUCUACAGCUCAGAGAAGAGCUGCAGCAUAGGACUCUCUGUCCCUUCCAUUUCUCUCUGUGUACACAACGAAGAGAUUCCAUGUUAUGUUUAUGUUGUACUAAACUGUACCAUUGUUGUUGAUUUUGACAAAUAAAUGACCCAAGGCUUAUUAAUAAAGACUCAAACUCAGGAAACACACUCAAGUAGUAAUUUAAUUGUUUUUGCAAUAUGAACCGGUGUCCAAACAACGGUUGAAAACUGAUUCUGACUAAAUUCCCCCAUCUUUGUUAAAAGAAGAAUAAAGUAGGUUAAUGCAUGAAGCACUUCCUUUCAAUAUGUGAAUUACACCAAUGAGUCAUGAGGGUAGCACAUCCCUUUUUAAACAUUCAACAUUGAGGCAUAAAACGCUCUUUUGCACUGCAACGUGUACAGCACCAGUUUUGUGUUUAAACACGGCACAUUGGAUAGUUUGGAGAUUUAAUUUCACCUACAAUGUUGCGUAUCAAAAAGGACUGCCUUUUUGACAAUGUUCUUAAACACAAAAUUAACCUACAGUAUAUGUGUUUUGACCAAAUUGAGUGUUUUAUAAAAGUAUUUCAUGCUAUAUUCACACAAUAAAGAGACAUUUAAGGACUUGUACUGUGAAAGGCAAAACCUUUUUUCUAAUGUAUCUGGGCACUUAAGUACAAGUGCAACAACAAACCAUUGUUAUAGCUAACAUCUUUUAACUCUAAAGUGCUCUACUUUAGGUCAUGUGCAUUCAGCUUUGUCACAAUACAAUUUGUAAAGCAAUUAUAUUGUAUUUCCACACUCUUUAUGCUCUUUUAUAAUAAGACAGUGCCAAGUAAGCAUAAUGUGAAAGAUCUGUGUUCGGUGUUUCUGAACUGUUGCAUAGGAGAACUCUAAAGCAGCUUAUUGAGGAAGAUGACAGGGGUUGUGAGGUGAAGCCAUAUUGGAGGUACUUUAGUUUUUCCACACGCACACACACGCACACAGGCAGGCAGGCAGGCAGUGCUACUAAGCUGGUGCUCUGGUCCUAAAAUAGCCACGGUGGUACACACAUUAACUCACCUCUGAGCCAAGGUGAAUCCUGACACUGGUCACCAACACAACAUGGCUCAAGCCGAGGCAAUGCAUAUGUACUGUGGUUUACUGAAAUUAGAUAUACAGGUGUCAUCUCAGACACUAACCAUCUGCUUAUCUCCUCAUUCUCUCUAGCUCUCUGUGUCUCUCCUCAUUCCUCAAGUUCACUCCGCCUAGUUUAAAGCCUCUGUCUGUCUUGCUACCACUGCCUCUACAAGCAGAGAAAAACACCUCUCUUUGGAAAUCAAGAUGGCCGGAUUACUUCUCGCCCCUCUAAAGCCAUUUACAGAUUAAAAGAUCAUGGUGAGGGAACCGGAAGGAUAAACUAUAAAACACUUUAGAGGGACAAUUAUUUUAAACUUAUUAGUAAUGUCAAACAUGUAGGAAAAUACUGCAUUAAUGCCAUGUUUGAUUGGUUUUGCAAAGUGGUGAUCAGAAUCACUCGAUAACACCCCAUUUGAUUUUACAAAUUGCAGUUUAUAUUUUUCUUUGCAUUUCCAAUUCAAAUGAUUCAUAGAGAGUAGAUUUCUUUUGACAAGACAUGAUACACUUACUUUUAUGCCCCAUCAUAAACACAUUCUAAUAUAUCCAUCAUAAGCAUUGUAUUGGAGGGUUCCACUUCUUAACCACAGGAAGUCCCUCAGGAACAAACCACUAGCUUUAAAUGUGGUUACAAAUAACAUGGCAUUACAGGAAACAAUAGGUGUAGCUUUUGUUUUCUUCUAGCUACGUUUUAAGACAGCAACCUUAACCA